AUGGUGCAGCUCGGGGCCGGCCGCCGAGCCCCCCCGGCCGCGCCGCCGGCUUUCAGCAUCGACAGCAUCCUGCAGCCCGGCCCUCGCCGUCCGGGCGCGGAGCGGGGCAGAGCCCGCUGCGCGCUGCCCGAGGAGGAGGAAGAGGAGGGAGAGGGGCCUGAGGAGCGCGAUCCCAGUAAAGGCUCCAGCGAUUCGGGCAGCGAGUCCCGCCGGCUGCGGGCAGGAGGGACGAGCCGCGGCCUCCGCCCCGAGGGCGGCGAUGCGGGGUCCCCGCUCCCCACGGAGGGGAUUCGCGGUCCCCGGCAGCCGCCGCCGCGAGAGGCGGGGGGCUGCGGCGCGGAGAACGGCAGAUCGUCGGCUGCAGGAGGCAGGAAGAAGACGCGGACCAUCUUCUCCAAGAGCCAGGUGUUCCAGCUGGAGUCCACCUUCGAUGUGAAGCGCUACCUGAGCAGCUCCGAGCGGGCCGGGCUGGCCGCCGCGCUGCACCUCACCGAGACCCAGGUGAAGAUCUGGUUCCAGAACCGGCGCAACAAGCUCAAGAGACAAAUGUCAUCCGAGCCCGAAGGCCCGGGGCCCGGGCCGGCCGAGCCCCCCGGGGAGCCGCAGCCCCCCACUGCCGCCUCGGCUCUCUCCUUCCCGUCCCUCUACAAGGACAGCCCCCUGCUCAGUCGCUGCUUGCUGCCGCUGCCUUUCCCCCUGCUCUGCCCGGGCAGCGCCAUCCCCUACCUCUGCCUCCCCGGGCCGGGCAAACACUUCAGCCUGGUGGACGGGGACGUAUAGCCUCUCCCCUGGCCCCCGACCUUCCCUUGCCGGGGGCCGCCUCUAUUUUAUUUAUGACUCUCUGUGCCGGUGGAGUGUCCGUCUGCGCCACAGCCCACGGAGGGGCCGCCCGGGCUCCCCCACGCGUGUCCGUGGGCUGCCGACACGCUGCUAAAGCUCGGAAGGGCGCGGCCAACCCGCUCUGCCUCUUGCAGCUCUUAUUCUGUGGUCAGGACGGAGGAGAUAACACGGAGCCACCAAAGAAACCGGGACGUGCUCUGCCUGCCUCCCUUCCCAGUUACCCCGUUCCGAUAUCACAGCGGGGCCGAUGCUCUGCCUCGGUCCGUGGGGCUGUGUCCCCGCGUCUGUCCCAAGCGCCCUGGCUGUCGCUUUACCGUGAGCCGAGCCACCUUUCACACAGAUCGGUAAUGGCGAGGGCCGCUCGGUGCGUGUCUAUCUCAAACUCUCCACCUCUAAUAUGCCUCAGAGUAGCUUCUCCCCAUCUUGUACAUUAUCAAAAUGUAGACACCUUUCCUCAGAUCCGAUUCUUAAAAACUGUGACUUUCCUGCUUUUUUCCCCUUUGGAGGAAACAUCCCAAGAUCUUUCUUACACGUUUUGUGCUAACUGCUUCUCAGACUGGGGCUCGUGUGAUGUUUUUACAGAACAAGAGAAGCUGUCUCUUGUGCUAAUCCCGCCCCCCGAAAUCCCAUGGGACGGUUUUACCUGCUAUCCUAGGGUAAAGAAGUGGGGGUUUGAUUUUUUUUUUAAUAUCUAUCUUCAUAUAAAUUCGCAAACGCUUUUGUCGUCCUUUGGUUUCUAAGUUCACACUCUUUAUAUCCCAAGUUUGGAAAUAAACCUUUUCA